GAGGCCCUAGUAGAAUUAAAGCCUUGAACUGUAAUAAAUAAAGUUAAAAUGAGAGAGGAGGAGGAGGUCGAGUAUCCUGCCUGACAAUUGGAGUUCCUUCCUGAAUCCUGGCUGACCGGACUUGAUCCUUCAAGUCUCAUCUGGACUUGAAGUAGGGCGGACUCAAGACGGACUUGUGCCAGUUUUCGCAGAAACAAUGGCUGCAGCUGCACAGACCAAUUCAGAGGGUGUUUUAAAGCCAGGCCAACUAAUACGUCCAAUUGUGAACACCAGCGAGGUGCCUGCUCUGGUAUCAAGACUCUAUGGUCUUACAGUUACGUCUGUUAAGGAACUCAACAGCUAUGAUGACAAGAACUUUUAUAUACAGGUCGCUGGUCCAUCACAAAAUCCCCACAUUACCGACUUAUGGUCCCAUGGAUAUACCCUCAAGAUUCUCAACUCGAUGGACACAAAAAACGAGAAGCUGGUGGAUGCUCAGAAUCAGAUGAUGCUUUUCCUACACAGCAAGGGCUUCAAUGUUCCGAAGCCACAGAAGAAUGUGUUUGGUUUGUACAUGAAGGCUGAAAAAUUGACUCCACCACCACCUGAUGACUUCCUCACGAAUAACAUGAGUGAAGACCAAAGUCAGGAAUAUAUGGUUCGUCUCUUAACCUUCCUACCCGGGAAGAUCCUUCAUCAGGUGGAAUAUACUGCGGAAUUAUUUUAUGAAUGUGGCAUCUAUGUAGGGAAGAUUGACAAGGAGUUGAAGAAUUUCCAAAAUGAAACUUUAUUGUCAAGAAAGUCAAUUUGGAAGCUGGAAAGCACGCCAGAAUUGAGGAACUUUGUUUUUGCUGUGAAAGAUGAGGGUCGUCACAAGAUGAUAACGGAGAUUCUUGAGGCUUGGGAUAUGAACGUUGCCCCAGUCAUUCCUAAGCUGGAGAAAGGUAUGAUCCAUGGAGACCUGAAUGAGCAAAACAUCAUUGUGCAGCCAGAUGCCAGCGACAGCGAAAAGUACCACAUCAGUGGUUUGAUCGACUUUGGGGACAUCCAGUUCUCUUGCUUUGUUUUUGAAAUUGCCAUUGCUAUCAUGUACAUGAUGAUAGAAGUUAAUGUCAUGGAGCCCAAUGAUGCUGGAGGGCACGUACUGGCAGGCUACCUGACUGAGCGAGAUCUCACGGAAACAGAAUGGGGUAUUUUGAAGGAAUGUGUAGCAGCUCGUUUUGCCCAAAGUCUGACCAUGGGUGCCUACAGCAUUCAGCAAGACCCAGGAAAUGAGUAUUUGGUCGUGACAGCAGCCAAAGGGUGGAAUGUUCUUGGAGAUUUCUGGAGUAUCCCCAAAGAACAGAUCAUAAGUCGAUGGAAAAGUAUCAUUGAAUCUUACCAAAGAAAUGGCUAAGGGAUUUUCAUGCCCAAGUUGUAAUCUGUUUUCCAAGUGCGCGUCUGUUUUUGUAUCGUGAGUGUUCGUUGAUGCUGAGCACCAUGUGGGGUUUUGACAAUUGACGCUGAAGGUAGGUAAGCAAGUAUUAUAGGCGGUAAAGAAGGGUCUAUAUAGCUGUCCAGUGUCUUUGAUUUUUAAGAAAGGUAAUCCUUUACCCUGGAGCUCUUUGAUUCAGGAAAUAUCUCACUGGUCUGGUUAGUCAUUCUAAUUAUAAUAGCAGCUAUUAUAUUAGUGUUGGUUUCUUUGUGAGUUCAUUCUUAUUCAUGGACAUUUUAUUGUUAAAAUGAAAUAGGGUACUAUUUCAAAGUCUUUCAAACUUGUACAGUACAGUAUUCGUUGCAAGAUAUGUACUACAGUGCUAUUGUAAUGCUGAGACUUUGGGUCAGUAAUUUUAAGAACAUUUUGCUCUCUAUUGAUACGAGUAUGAAUUAUAACGGGUUAAGCCAGUAUAUAAUUAGAUACAAUAUAGGUGAACAGAAAGUACAACAGAUUGUCAAUAAUGAAACACUGCCAAUGUUUUGAUAUCAUCAGGUAACAUUAGUUUUUGUAAUUAAUUUAAAAUUCAUAUCUUCUUGCAUAAGUUUUGGGAUAUGGAAAUUUCACUAAAUAUUAAUUUCCUUGAGAAUAUCUGUGAUUUACAGAGGUAAUUCAGUCUUGGAGAGGUGAAAUGGUCAGUGUACAUUUUUUAAAGAUACUCUUGUAAGUAUGUAGUGAAUUUUGAGGUAGCUGUAGGUUUUAUAGCCAAUAUAGACAUACCUGAUGCAGGUUUCAAUUUUUAUACAUAUACCUCAUGAUUCAGGUCGACAAUUAUCUUAUCCUUACAAAUUUAGGAUCUACUGGUCACUUUUUGCCAGAUAUGUAUGUAUAAUUUCUAUUAAUCACAAUGCCCUUUUAACCUCUCGAUUUCUUCACAUUUUGAGGACGCUUGUCACUACUAAGCCUAAAUCCAAAUCAAGAGAGAAAUGAAGAUAGUCUGAUGCCCGGCCGAGAUUCGAUCUCGGGUCUGGCGUACGGAACAAGCUACAGGUACUUACCCAUGUACAGUGUUCAGAAUACAAUUUGAAGGUCAGGGGCAUGUAAGUAAUACUAUAUUAGUGAUUUUGAUAAAAAAUGCUUAUAGCUUCAUGUAGCUUUAGUUGGGUUAGACUGUGGAUUCACAGGUGGUUGUUUUAUCACAAAGGGGAAAGUUACUUCUUAUAUUUAUAAUGGCCAUAUCUACUAACAACUUCAUUUAGAACACUUUGAGUGGGCAGAUCCUGCAGUAUUCAGCUCUCAUUAACCUUCCAAUUGAUUUCCUUCCUAAUUGCCAAAAUAGUGAUUAUGGUGCGUAUAUCUUAUCAGAAUGCUUAUCUACAGUGCAGUGUAAUGAAUUAGUGAUAUAGUUUACAUUAUAUGUUUUAGCUAGUCUUCUAAUACCUCACUUAAAAAGAUAUGAAUUAGCUGCUUGACUGUCUUAUGAUUGCUUUGGGGUCGUGGCAUGAGUUACAAAGUUUUGUAAUCAUGAAUUUUAAAGUUGUGUUCAAAAUCUGGAUUUCUGUAUUAUGUUUUAGCAAAUAUACCGUUUCUUUAUUGCCAAGCAUAACGCAAGGUGAGUUCUUCAGUAAGGAUUAAUGUCAGCAUGCUCUAACUCACAGGUAUUCUUCUAAUUGCUCAGAUUUAGAGUUGAUUUUCAGUUCAUGACUUCAGUAUUAAGCCUGGAAUACUGAUCAGAGGUAGUACAAAAAAUAGUAGUCACAGUACUUUCUCAGGUUCCAUAUUUUCUAAUCUAUGAUGUGUCAUUGUUUUAGAAAUAUAUGAUUAAUCAAUGUUUUACCAUUAGGGCAAUUGAAGACACUUUGUUAUAAAUGGAUACUGUAUUUUAUGAUUAUUAUUGUGCUGUUUUCUGUUCCUACUGUUGUUUUGCUGUUGUUGUUACAGGUACUACUAUUAUGUUUAAAGUGUAUGUUUAGUAUAUUGUAUUUACUCUUCAGUUAAACCCAGACUGUCGGGUUAUAGGAAGAUUUGCUAGCAUAGCAAAGUUUGAGAAGUUUAUGGAGUAUUAUUGUAGUUACUUUAGUGAAUUGCUAGGUAUCCCAACUUGAAUUAACAUGCACAAUGUCUACUAUUUACGUAAAAGUAAUAAUUGUAAUGAUAUGGUUGGUGUUCUAUUUUAUGGGAUUUUUAAAUACGAUAUAUGUUAUUUUUUGUGUAAAUUUUUUGAGUAUUUUUUGUAUUUUUGGUACAUAUAAUUUGUGAUCAUGUUCUAUUCACUACUUCCUCUAUAGUACUUGCAAACAUUACUGACAAAGCAUUACAGUGCUCCCCGGGUUUUACGCGCUUCACAUUUCCACAGUCCACUUUGUUGUGGAUUUUUGUGGAACGCAUUAUUCACUUUUCCACCAGGAACUUUCACUAAGUUGCUGAUUUUUUCUAUUGGCCAUAUCUCUGAAAUUAUUACUAAUUUCCUUUUUCUCUGUAGAGCAACACUAUUUAUUCACUAAUUACUGUAUUUUGUCAUACUAUGCAUGUGACUAAUUACUGAUUUUUAUGAUAAGAAUGAUUUACAGCAUACUUAUAAUGUAGUUAUGCAUCUGCGUAUUAAGCUCAUUCCAGGUUGGGCCCCAUAAUGAGCAUAAUAGGUGUUUGAUUCUUUGUCUCUCCCUGUAAGGGUAAUGUAAGAUGUAUUUGAAAUGAUAUGGGCAUAAAGUUUUUUUUAUGAUAAGGCACAUUGUACAAUAUUUAGAAUAUAUAUUCACUAAUUAUUUUAAUUUUAUUUUCCAGUAAAAGCAGACUGGAAAAUAAAAUGAAAAUAAUUAGUGAAU